GGCACAAGCCCGGGCUGGGCAAGGGGCCUGAGGCACUGGGGUGGGCACGGGGAUGGGGGAGCUGAGGGCUGGCAGCUCAGCCCCUGCUAUCCGCAGGGCAGGGCAGGAUGAGACCCAGGUCGUGGGAACCUCCCGUGGGAAGAGGGGAGCUAAGGGCUGUGCCUGGGGCUUGGCCAUGCCCGGAGCCGCUGGCUGCUGGCCGCAGGCGUUGGCGGCGUGUCUGUCCGUCUGUUCGCCUGUCUGUCCGUCCACAGGGACCAGCGCUGGACGCUGGAGCCCCGCUCCGCCCUGGGCGGCCCUGCAGAGGAGGGGCUCACCGCCCCCUCGCCGGCGGGUUUUAACAGGCCGUGCUGGGGUUGCACAGCAGAGCGGGAACGGCAGCGAAGCGGGACGGCUGCGGCUGGACAGUAGGAUGCAGACAGACAUCCCCGUCGGCGACACAGUGCUGCGCAGCCCACUGGCCCCUGAGCUGACCAAUGGCCCCUUCACUGGCCCCGAGGCCACCAAGCCACCCUACAGCUACAUCGCCCUUAUCACCAUGGCCAUCCAGAGCGCACCCGAGAAGCGCAUCACCCUGAGUGGCAUCUACCGCUACAUCAUGGGCCGCUUCACCUUCUACCGUGAGAACAAGCAGGGCUGGCAGAACAGCAUCCGCCACAACCUCUCUCUUAACGAAUGCUUCGUCAAGGUGCCCCGUGAUGGCAAGAAGCCGGGCAAGGGCAACUACUGGACCCUGGACCCUGACUGCUACAACAUGUUCGAGAAUGGCAGCUUCUUGCGGCGCCGCCGACGCUUCACCAGGAAGAGAGUUCUCAGGGAUGUGCCAGGCACCAAGGGGGACGAGGGGCGCGGGAAGCCCACCAGGCACCGGGCACGAGGGCUGCCUGCUGCCCUACUGCCUGAGGAGGGGAAGGCAGAGGGGGGCUACGCCUCGCCGGUGGCCACGGGGCGCCUGCCGAGCCCCGCCACACUGCCUGAGGGCACCGGGGUGCCAGGCGAGCCCUGCGCCCAGCGGCAACCGCCCAAAGGCAGGCAGCCCUGCCUGUACCUGCCGGACACAGUGCAGCCCAAGGGGCCGUUCUUCACGCCCCUCGAGAGCCACCCACCCAAGGAGACUGUCUUCGGGGGUCUCCCGGCAGCGCUGCAGCUGCCCCGGCCAGGUCAGUACCCUCUGCCCAGCGAGCGCCCGGCUCCGCACCCUGCUCUGCUGCCCACCUUGCUGCCCACCCAGCCCAGGGAGCCCCCGCAGGGCUCUCCGGUGCCCCCGGGCACCCCCCCGGCACAGCUGGAGGCCGAGGAGUUGCCUGUGCCUGGGCUGGGGCUGGGCCAGCCCUUUGGGCAGGUGCCCCCCACAUUCGCUGGCACCCUCCUGGGCACGGGCAAGCCCCCCUCAUCCUGCUUCUUGGAGGGAGAGGGGUAUGUGCAGCCGCCCCUGCCUGUUUUUGGCUCCUUCAGCCACCCGGGGCCCGAGGCACUGGGCAGCAGCUACCAGUGCCGCGUGCAGGCGCUGAGCUUCUGCGUGAAGGAGCGGCCGUGCGGCACAGCGCUGGAGCAUCUCCUGGCCACAGCCCCCCCAGGCCCCGCUGCCCCCCGCCAGCCAUCCUUCGGGGCUGUGGGGCCACGGGCCAGCGAGCAGAAAGAGCCAUGGGGGCCGGGGGGCGCGAUCCCACUGCAGGGGGGCAGUGGCUACUCCCUGGGGCUGCCCCCCUGCCUCUACCGGACACCCGGAAUGUUCUUCUUUGAGUGAGGGACUGGCCCGCAAGGACACCCCCGGACCGA